CCUGGUAUAAUUCCAACUCUUGCUGCGCGAUUGCCGCAGUAUAUUAUCUAUACUGAGCCGCAUAUAAGUGUAAAUGCCACUAUAUAAAUUCCGCCCCAAAGGCAGGGACGAUGGCACAGUAACCAUAAGGAAUUACAAUCGUGUCUAGUCGUAUACUACGCCCCCUUUGCCAACAUGGAACAAGACAACCGCCCGAUUUAUUUUCAACUUCGUCAACUUACUCGCUUCUUUCCUCGUUUCCAAUGGUUGUAUAGAGCACCAGCAAACGAAGCCGAGGACGAAGAGCAGCUCAGCCAUGAACAACCACUUGAGAACGAACAGCAGACCGGGAGUGAACAGCAGCCGUGCUCACUACAGACCUUACUGCCUAACAAUAUAAGCCGUGAACAGUUUCAAGAAAUUCUCGAUAGGUAUCCCAGUUACAUCCGUGAUGUAUAUCAACGUGCGGAAGCCGAGCGCUUUCAUGGUAUACCCAAUAAACUCAAGGGACGACAAGAACCAUAUAUUGAGAAGGAAGACUUAGUAUACCUAGACCAAUGGAUGCAAAAACGUGGCACCCCCUUGACGAAGAAGGCCCAUAUACACAAUAGGGAGCUUAUCGAAAAGAAUUCUAACGCAAACGUCAGAAGGGUCACUUUGGAAGCCUUUCGAGAGUAUGGAAUUAACAAAGAAGUUGUUGCGGCCAUGGACAUUCUACAAGCCGGGCUUAAAGGUGUUGGACCUUCCAGAGCAUCCCUUCUACUUUCGGUAGCGUUCCCUAGCAACUUGCCAUUCUUCUCUCGUGGACUAUACCGGUGGACCCACUGGAAUGAAAAGAGCGGUUGGGCACAAGAUUUCAAAUGGACGACAGACAAGUACCACAGUAUGCUUGAACGGGUGACGUCACUAAUUGAGAGACUCUCCAUAAGUGAUAAACGCAUACUAGCUAUUGAUGUCGAAAAAGUGGCCUUCGUGUUAGAACAUGAGAGUUGUAUUAGUGAUUUCCAAGUCCUUAGGAUCGUGGAUGAUCUUACCAAUAACAAACAGUCCAAUGGAAAAGGGCGUGCAAAGGUGUUCAAGGUUGAUAGAAAGGAAAUAGAUGGAAUCCAGGGGUCGAUUGCACUAAAAAAGAUCUACAAAACGGGCGAGGUUGAAACUGCAAGAAACAGGUUCCUUGCUGAAGUAACGUCUUCAUAUCACUUGUCAAAGUUGUCGCCAGUUCACUUCGUCGAAUUCCUCGGGUGGAAUGAAGACCCAGACAGGCUCUUCAUUGCGAUGGAAUAUAUUGAAUUUGGCGACUUAGAGGAAUGCAUUGGUAACAGCCGUUGGAACGAGAAGGACAUAAAGGAAACCACAAGGCAGAUAUUGGAGGGGUUACAGAUAAUGCAUCACGAAGGCAUCGCUCAUCGAGAUCUCAAACCACAGAACAUUCUUGUCGUCUCGAAGCAACCAGACAUCAGAGUCAAGAUCACCGACUUCGGUCUCGCAAAGCGACUUUCUAACAGGAAGACUACGGGUCUAGUAACCAAGGGGAUCGGUACAGCAGGCUACAAGGCCCCAGAGGUUGUACGGCUAUGGUAUUCAGAAGAUCCGAAUCGUCAUCUGAACCACUAUUCUCGACAUUCGUAUACUUUUAAGGCCGAUAUUUGGUCACUGGGUUGCGUCAUCGUCAGGAUGGCUGUAGGAGAAGAAAACCGCCUGUUUCACAACGACACCGAGUUGAUAGACAAAUCUCGACUCAAUCAACAGGUUAAAUCGGUCAAGGGAAUUUUGGAAGGGGGGCUUACCCCUAUGGGACCCAAGGGCAUACAAUUUGUGCAGAAGCUAAUCGUUGUUAAAGAAAAGAAUCGAUACGAUGCUGAAAGUGCUCUGGAAGCACUCAAGAGCUGGAAAGUGCCCGGGGAUACAGUUUGAGACAGAGCUUAUUGAGGAGUGGCCAACGACAGAUUUAAAUAUCGAAUGCGUACCCAAGAUUGGAAGAUUUAUCCGUACGCUAGGGUUUAUUCACUCUCUUGUUGACCGUUUCCCUAUCUAUUCUAUUCUUCCCAUCCGUCUUUUUAAGAGGCGGCAAUGAUAAAGCGUAGUUGGCAUAAUAUCCAAAUUGUUGGUUAAUAUUGACAUCAUAUUAUAGCCGUAACUUCGACACACAUCCAUUACUUUGCAAUAUUGAGAAUACGAUUCACAUUAACAGCC